GAAUCACUGCAAAAACUGCUGUAUCCGAUGCCUAAAAGAACGCACCCAGACUGUGUCUCACUGUUACCAGCCAGAGAUUUCGUCCUCCUCCGCUGCCAUCCAUCCUGACAUUCCCUUUCCCCCCGCCGUAUCCGUUAACCUCACGGUUGGACCGGCUCACCCCUCACAGUACCCUCACAGUACACCCCAUAUGUUUGUGUGUAACUGCCUACAAUAGAAUUUAGUUUCAAGUCACGAAGGUCACGUCUUUUCUUAAAAGCAUAUAAGCACGGAUUCAGCAUCUUAUGACGAACAUGAUAGUGAAACAUUUUUUCCUCGUUUUGGCAAUCACGCUCUUGCUAUACGUCGGAAAUAGUGAAGCAGGAUGGAAAUUUUGGAAAAAGGAAGAGACCACUACUACGACGACGACUACGACUACCACUAUACCGUCCGUACAAUCCGUUACUCCGAGGGCUACAAUCAUUGGAGGACCGACAGUGCCAGCUAUAAACCCCGCUAAUUCGGGACCGACAAUUGGCCAGAACGGAGCUCAACAAAAUGUACGAAAUAACGCGCGACCCAAUCGACCUAAUCCAGGGACCGAAGUCGGUCUGGAUAUUGUUGCGCCGAGGCCAAACAGCCCGGGAAUCGGCGGUGGAAAUGGCCAGACUUAUCGGGAUUGGGCUGUGGAUUUCGCGGGAGCUGGGGAGCCAGCACGAAAUCAACCAUCGAGAACACCUGGUCAAGGAUUGGCGAUUAACGGUGAUCAGACGCGGCCCAAUUCAUCUACAGAUUCGAGGCCAACAUUGGUAUCGGGAAAUAUACCGAUUCAACCGACGCAGCCAUCAGUAGCAGGCUCUAGAAAUACGCCUCAACCCCUGCCUCAAUCAACAAGUACAGUGCCGAAGCCGACUUCCGUGCAGUCCGUUCAUCCUCACAUAACGCCCGGAUCUACUACUGCAACACCACCCGCUAGAAUCGACCAGAACAAUAGACCAAAUAGAUGGACCUAUAGUGGACCAACGUGGGCUGAUAUCGUCGCUGAACUGCUGGGAAUAUGUGCCUCUGGGGGCGGAUGCUUCUGCUUCUGAGCCCAAAAAUUGUCAUUGCUGCUAGUAUUAAAUCCUAAUCGAGAUGUCGCUUCCGUUCCACGACAGCGUUUUCACGUACACAGUAUGAGUGUAUAUUAGUAGACCCGGUGUGAGUGUAUAUAUUAGUGUACCAUGAAGAAUAGAGAUAUUCUUCAUGAUUUAUCCCCUCCCGACUUCUGUUUAUUAAUAGUUUAUCUACCGUAGCGCCGCCGGUGUACAUAUUUUGAACUACCACAGAAAUCGAGUUUUGGUCUCAUUCUCGAAAGCAUUAGUUGAGCCUCCUUAUCUCUAUUCUUCAUGAUUUUGCUGAAAACGUAAUGAAAUUUGCUGAAAUUUGGUUGAAA